GCUUUAAUCCGUGUCAAAAUGUCAAUUUCGUAACCUCAAAAAAUACAUUGUAAUAGAAAUUAAUUCACAAAAAAAUGACCGAACCAAUAAACCAGAAAGAAUACUUAAAAAAAUAUCUCAAUAUGGGAAAAGCCCCCGGUGAGAAAAAGAAGAAGAAAAAGAAAAAACCGACGACAAGCAGGGUUCAAAUAAUCGACGAUGACGCCGACGCUAAUCUCCCAAGUCAUGUAAUCGAGGAAGACUUGGCCCUGGCUAACGAAGAUGCGCCCCAAAUUGUCGCCAUAAUUGAUGAAAGGCCCCCUUCUAUGCGAGUUGAUGAGAAAACAAAGAAUCCCCUGUGGCAACCAAUCGGAACUGUAGAAAACUCAGAUUCUUCUGAAGCAAAACAAAUGAUAAAAAGUUUCAAAAUUGCGCCAAAAAGCUCUGAUAAGCCUUUUGCACUGCCUGAUAAGUCGCCCCCGAGAAGAAAGAAGAAAACAAAUAACGGGGAUAAUACACCUCCUACUGGAUCGAGGAGUGACACACCGCCAAUAAAAGACGAAAAUUCACCCCCUAGAAGGAGUGACACUCCUCCAAGACUUGUCAUAAAAGAGGAAAGAAGGUCAGAAGCUCGGAGUUUUGGUGAUUAUUCGCCGCCUAGAAGGAGCAGAAAUGGUGAUCCCGACAUUUCUCCCCCCAGAAGUAGGAGAGAUGACGACAUUUCUCCUCCCAGAAGAAGGAGAGAUGACGACAUUUCGCCCCCUAGGAAACGGAGGGACAAUGACAUUUCACCUCCCAGAAAAAGGAAGAAUGAUGAUAUUUCGCCCCCUAGAAAAAGGAGGGAAAAUGAUAAUUCUCCUCCUAGAAAAAGAAGAAACGAUUCUUCUCCCCUUAGAAGAAACAGAGACUCUACUGUUGAGAGAAGCAAAUCUGAUUCUAGAAAUAGGGACACUUCACCUUCUAGAAGAAAAAGGCCCCAAAAAGAAGGUGAUUCGCCUCCGCGGAAACACCGAAGUAAGACUGAAGAAAAUCGGUCCGAAAAAAUGAAGAAAACUCUAGAUGGAAAAUCGGCUGGUCUUCAAAACGCUAGAGAACUGGCUGAAGAAACGAAACAAUUCCGUUCCCGUGAAGACCAAAUGUUUAAAACUUUGUCAAAAGACGUUUCCGGGGAGAACGCCGAAACGGUCCAUCGUAACCGAAAAACCGGUCAAAUUCGUAACUUGGAGGAAGAAGAAGAAAUCCAACGAAAGAAACGCGAGAAAGAGGAAGAAAACAAGGAGAAAUAUUCGCGAUGGGGCCGAGGAUUGGUUCAAGUGGAAAAUCGGGAACAACAAAUCCAAGAGCAGUUACACGAAAUGAGUAAACCUUUGGCUCGAUAUGCAGACGAUGAAGAUUUGGAAAGAUAUCUUAAAGAGCAGGAACGUGAAGGGGAUCCGAUGUUGGCCUAUAUCAGGAAGAAGAAGAAGAAAAAGGCCGCGGCAGCAGGCGAGGUUGAAAAACCCCUAUUCGAGGGCAAUUUUAUGCCCAAUAGGUACGGCAUAAGACCGGGGCAUAGAUGGGACGGAGUCGAUAGGUCAAACGGUUACGAGAAGAAAUGGUUCGAGGUGCAGAACGCCAAAAAGGCCAUAUUGGAAGACUCCUACAAGUGGAGUACCGAGGAUAUGUAGUUUUUUUGUAAAUUAAGAAUAAAACGGUUUUUUUUAUUUGAC